AAUAUCAAAACACCUAAGAUGGGUUGUUGGUGCUCACACUAUAAAGAAGACGAAGAACUAGUGAAUAUGGCUGCAGCCUUCGGGGGUGGUAAGAAGCACAGAGAGGUAUUAGAGAAAAGAGCGAAGCUGCCUAAGGAAGAAAGGGAAAAGGAGGAGAAGAAGGAGAAGGAAGAUAAGGAAAAGAUGAGAGUCCUCAUUGACGGCUGAGGAAUUCGUGUUGAAGAUAUUGAGAAGAUAGCGAAACAAGAGACAAGCACGAUUUCUUAAUUUAAUUGAGUGAUUUUGACAGCUUUUACUUGAAAAUUCAGUUUUAAAUGUCUCAAGAUGACGGUUAAAAGCUACAUUAUUCUUCUUCUACUACUCAUUAUCCGAGCCGAAUAUU